CAUGUUUUAGCAUGUUGUUAACCUGAUUUAACACAUUGCUAGCAUGUUUUAGCAUGUUUCUAGGAUUUAACAUCAUUGUUAUCAUGUUUCUAGAAUGAUUUAAUACAUUGCUAGCAUGUUUCUAGCAUAAUUUAAUACAUUGCUAGCAUAUUUUAGCAUAAUUUAACAUUGCUAACAUGUUUUAUCAUGUAAAACAAGUUUCUUUCUAUGUUAUCAUCCUUUCUCAGGCCAAUAUGAGCCAUUACUUUAUUUAAAUUAAAGGUUACAAAAGGGUUUUCGCAGUGAUGCAAUAGAAGAACCAUUUUGGUUCCCCAAUAACCUUUCAGUUAGGUUCAUCAGUGAACCAUUUAUUCGCACAUUUUAACAAUUUGAAGAACGUUUUAUCACUAUAAAGAAUCUUUUGUGUAAUGUAAAGGUUCUAUGGAUGUUAAAGUUUCUAAAGUUUCAUGAAAUUCAUACAGCUUUUAACUGAGCACAACAUUUGUAAUUGGAGAUUUGGAAGAUUUACUAUUAUUAUGUAAUUAUUCUUAUGUGAGUAAAGAAGAUGAACCAUAUAACAAUACUAUUUUGAACAAUGCACAUUCUCAAUGUUAUUUAAAAACCCUAUUUUAAUUGGUUUAAUAAUUAUCAAGAUUAGUUUGUAGGUUGUAUAAAAUUACAACCUACAAGCAGUCCAUUAAUACUCAAAAGUAGUUUGGGGUUGGUAUUUGAAAAAAGUCUCUUCUGCUCACCAAGGCUCUGUUUAUUUGAUCAAAAAUACAGUAAAAACAGUAAUAUUGUGAAAUAUUACUACAAUUUAAAAUAGAUGUUUUCUAUGUGAUUAUAUUGUAUAAUGUAGUUUAUUCCUGUGAUCAAAGCUGAAUUUUCAGCAUCAUUACUCCUGUCUUCAGUGUCACAUGAUCCUUCAGAAAUCAUUCUAAUAUGAUGAUUCGCUGCUCAAGAAACAUUUAUGUUUAUUAUCAAAGUUGAAAACAGUUGUGCUGCUUCAUAUUUUUGUGGAAAUCAUGAUAUUUUUUCCCCCUAGGAUUCUUUGAUGAAUAAAAAGUUCAAAAUAACAGCAUUUAUUAAAAUAAAAUAUUGUGGCAAUAUAAAUCUGUACUGUUACUUUUGAUCAAUUUAAUGCAUCUUUGCUGAAUAAAAGUAUUAAUUAGUUUGUUUUUUGUUUUUUUUUACUUUUAAACGGUAGUGUACGUUUCAGUAUUUAUCAUGCUUGGCUAUUAAUAGAAUUUGUAUUGAUGAAAAACUUAAAGAUUGCAAAAUCAAUGUCUUGUAUAAACAAAACCAUGGAUAUUAAAUGGAGCUUAAUUGAAUUGGUUUGAAUUUAAGAUGCACAGUACUCUGGUCUGCGACAUGCACGGCUCCAGACCGUCUGAGGACUUCUUCAGUGUUGCUCGCAGAGCAUUUCACUUUUGAAACGAACAUUUACUACUUCUGCCGUCCUUACUAAGAUGAUUUUUAGGCUUCCACAAGAAGUAUGAUUGGUUAAUGACGAAUGUGUCACAGUAAUUCCAUCGGUGCCUAACUCUUCAUUUUUCACAAGCGGCCUGUCCUGCUGCCCUUUCCUCCAGUAUUUCAAUGUUGUUUAGAGGUUACUCCCAUCCUACUUGCUCUCAUUGGCCUAAUGAGAUCAGUGGAGAUUGAUGACAUCAGAACGCAAUCCCCACCAGGAUCAAUCUCUACACCUGAGAAAGAGCAAGAGGAAGGAGGGGGUCCGGACAACAGAAAUAGAGAAGAAGAGCUAGAGAUCAGAGCCGAGUCUGUUCACAGACGCAUAGGACAGGAGCGGAGGAAGACCUCCACGCUGAUGAUCUCCUAGGAGACAUCGGGACAUUUCUCUGACUGCUGCGAGUCCCUCCAUUCAACAGACAGGAUGGCUCGGGACAUGUCAGAUAAAGAGAUCCUGAAGAUGGAGCUGGACCAGCUGAAGUUGGAAGUGAACACUCCCCGAAUUGCGAUUUCAAAAACAGCCCCAGAAAUCAUUGCUUUCGUUGAGGAGAAGUCUGGCGAAGACCCCCUGGUCAAGGGCGUCCCGGAGGACAAGAACCCAUUCAAGGAGAAGGGAGGCUGCAUUAUCACGUAGCAACGGCCCUGGGGGAACCAGGGCUCUGUUCAAUAUCUACUUUUGUAUAAAGGUUAUUUGUACUAGAAACUCUGAAUCAUUUAGCAUCCACUGUAGUUUUGAUUAUUAUUCAGCUCCAGAAGUUUAAGAGGACACCAUCAUGUCAUUCAAUAUCUUUUGUGAUAUGAUAUUUUCUGUCUGCUUUUAAAAUAAAUUCAUUGGCAAUCUAAGCAAAUA